AUGGCGCUGCUCAUCGCCGCUGCUGCCGGUCCUCGGCCGCUGCCUUCUCCCCAUCGCCACCUCCGAAGCCCCUGUCGGAGCCACACCGGUGGCUGCGUACUCCGCCUCAGAGGAAUCUCCAGCCGGUGGCUCCUUCGGGGACUCCCGCCGGCGUCAGGCGGGCCAUCGCUCCCGGGUCCUCCGGCGGAGGAGGAGGGAUGGUCUUUGUCUCUGCUUCGUGUGGCAGCUCCCGCCAUUCUCUUCUUCGUGGGCUUGGGAGCCGCCGGUGUUCCCCUCGCUCGCUCCUGCAAUAUCCGAUCCCCCGUCGUCACCGCAGGUGAAGCCCUGCAGCAUCAGGAUUCCAGAGUACGGGAGCUGGUGAUCGUUGGGAAUUUUUUAUUCUCCUUCGUGUUCAAUUAUGAUCUUUGAAUUAUAUCCCAAUUUUGAAGAAGAGGGAGGAUGGUUUUCGAUCCGGCUUUUUCUGUGCAUUCAUCCGCGAAGUCUUUUAGGGUUGAUGUGUGGCUUUCUUUGGUAUAUAUUUUUUGUUUCUUUGGAAUGAUCAUGUAUUUAACCUCCAAUUUGCAUUGAAUUACAGAGAAUGAGCUCACAGAUAGUUCUGACCCGGGUAACGAGGCGGGAGAAGAAGAAGAUGAGGAAUGGAGGAAGGAAUUCGAGAGGUGGAAGUCCAAGACGUAUGCUCUGACAGUUCCCCUCAGGAUUGUCGCCCUCCGUGGCUCAUUACCUCCUUCAUGGAUCAAGGUCUAUUUGCUCCGGCGAUACUCUGCAUGAAUCUCUUGUCUGCAUUUUUUUUUUUCCUAUUUAGGGUUCUUCGAUGAAAUGAUUGUUUCCUCAUCCUGUCCUCCUCUUGUGGAAUAUAGGAUUUCAUUCAAAUCCAUGGGAGAAGGCUGAAGCUGACCCCCAAGUUCCGGGGGAGUCUUGAUUCUAUUUUUUCUGAUCUGUCCUUGACAGCAAGAACAGGUCGGCUUGAGCCCAAGUCUGCCAUGGCUGCAGAUAUUGUCUCUGUCGGCGACUCUUGGCUAACUUACGCUAUUACUGAGAGGUUGAUCGAGCCCAUACAAGGAGCAGAAGAACACGAUUGGUUUCAAAACUUGAGCAGCAAAUGGAAGGUAAAAAAACAGCCCAUCCAUACCCCAAUGGCACCUGACAACUCGUCAGGCUAUUUUUUUUAUUUAUUAAAAAAUUAAAAAGACUAGCAUGAGUGAGCCAUCCGCAAUCCAUUCCCUCCUGUUGGAAUUUCAUCAAGUUGAGACAUUCAUCUGAUUGAAAAACGAGCUGGUCCACAGCAUGUACAUUAUCCAACCCAAACUUCAUUUUUUUCUGGAACUCUGUAUAUCUGAUUGAACGAGGAAUAUGAUUGAGGGGAUGAUUUUCAUGUUUCUUAAUGGAAAGUUCUUGAGAGUUCGUUAACUAUAUAUCCUUCUUCAUCAUAUGCCACAUUUCUGUGUUCUAUCCAUGUGUGCACCGUCAACUGGUUUGAUUUCUAAUCCCGCCAUCAGUGACAAAUGCCGGUAUUAGAUGAAUCAACUUCAAGAUGAAACGCAGCUUUUAACUGAGACUUUAUACGAGGAAGUUGGUCAGAGGAUUGACCUUAAUGGGCCCCCCAUGUUCUAUAACCAAGAACAAAGCUUGUCACUUACUUCUUGGAUCUUGGGCAUUAUUCUCAAGAAAGUUCAUCUGUGGGCAAGCUGUGAGCGUGCAUUUUUUUUUUCUAUGAAAAAAAAUAUAUUAAAAACUUCAUAGAAGCUCUCAUGCAAUGUUAUAAUUUCUCUGAAAUCCAUUUAGGUUUAUCUGUGCAGGAACGACAAAGGUGAGAUAGAUGAUUCUGGGAAGAUCUGGGCCGUUCCAUAUCGCUGGGGAUGCAUGGUGAUCGCCUACAAGAAAAACAAAUUCAGGAAGCACAAUCUGGCUCCCAUCAAGGUUAACCAUGCCGUUUAUUUGAUAUAAUCCGAAAGAUCACCUAGAUCACUUGAAUUUAUGCGAGUAAAGUUUCUUCCCCAGGAUUGGGAUGAUCUGUGGAGAGGAGAACUCCGAGGAAAGGUGGUCAUGGUUGACUCCCCAAGGGAGGUCGUCGGUGCAGUCUUAAAGUCAAUGGGGGCCUCAUACAAUACAAAGAACAUAGACCUCCAGGUUCCUGGUGGGAUGAACGCUGUCACACAGAGAUUGGCUGCGCUUCAGAGACAGGUGCUGCAUGAUUAAUGUCUAGUGUUCUUCGGGCCCCGCUGGUCAGCGCUCUUAUUUCUCGAAAUGGGCCCUUGAUUUCAUCCUCAGCUGCUCCUCCUUGGCAGGUCCGGCUAUUUGACAGUGCCAACUACCUCAAGGCCUUUGCCACGGCCGACGCCUGGGUCGCAGUUGGGUGGAGCAGCGACAUCCUCCCCAUCGCCAGGCGGCAGUCCGGUGUCUCUGUGAUCGUCCCCAAGUCUGGAUCCAGCCUAUGGGCAGACCUAUGGGUACAUGUUCCUGCACUCUCAUGCUCCUAGUAUCUCUCCUAGUACCUACAAUCAAACUAUUUUUUAUUUUAUUUUAUUUUAUUUUAUUUACUGUUCUUGGAUUUCUUUUACCUUCUAAUCGGCGAUCCUGAGAAUUUUUUUAUUUUGACCUGAAGGGGCAUUUGACAAUCGGCUUUUUUUCUUUUUGGAAAAGAAAUUUUGUUUAUUGUUCUUGAGUUACCAGCGGCCGCCAACCAGAGAUUCAUUCCUAAACAAUUCACCGGGAAUACGAACUCUCUUUUUGGGUCAACCCAAUUUGUUGAAUUGACUUUUGUUCAUCUGGAGCAUCUCUUUCCCCUUCCAGGCGAUCCCGGCGGCGGGCAGAUUUCCGACGGAGAAAGUCGGCGGCCGGGUGAGAGGCCCCUCGCCGAUGGUCCACCAGUGGAUGGAAUUCUGCCUGCAGGCGGCGAGGGCCCUCCCCUACCAGCAGGGAGUCGUCCCCGGGGCGUCACCGUUGAGUCUGGAGGGUCCUCUCUGCAUGCCCCCUCAACGAGUCGGCAAGGGGCAACCCGAGCUUGACACAAAUCUGGUUGGCGGCGCCCCGCCGCCGGAGAUUCUCAGCAACUGUGAGUUCCUUGAGCCCUUGUCGGAGGAGGCCUCGGCGGAGCACCGGCGGCUGGUAGGUGGCAUGGCGGCGUCGGGGCAGCGGUGGAUCGGAGAGGCUCAGGACUAUCUGUCCUCGUUUUUGGCAAGGUUGGCGAGGGUUGCUCAAUAGCUGAUUCAGAUUUUUCUUUUUUUUCUUUUCUUCCCCAGAUUGUAAUCAUGCGAUUCUUAUCUUGA